AUGGAAGAAGAAGACGUGGCACCACUGGUACGAAAAAGGCGAGCUCUUGAAGACGCUCAUGGUCUUGAUCCAGAGCAAGCUGCGUCUGGGGCAGUAGCUGGCCCCUCCAGCCAAGGCAAAGAGAUGGAGCUGCCAGAUGCCUCAGGCUUAAGAGGUGCCUUUAAGGCUGGCAGGGCCAGAGCUGGUCCUAUGCUGAAGAGGCCCAAACUAACAAAGAAACAUGCUCCCAAAAUUGGGACAUCAACCGAGUCUCCAGUCAAAGAAAAUGGUGCCAUCUCCACUCACGAGCAGCCAAAAAAGACUCAACCCCCAGCUCUGUAUGUCCUAGCUCAACUCCGCGAAAUUUCCUGGGUUAAAGCUAGAGAUGAGGAGCUCAGAGCUGCCCAAGAGAGUGAGCAGUCAGCAAAAGCCACCCUAGCCGAGAAUGAAGAGCUCAAAAAGAAACUUGACGAGGUCGAGGCCAAAGCUAAGGAGGAGGCUGAGAGGGAGAGGUCAAAGAUCGUGGAGUCAUCAAACCAGAUGGAGGAGAUGCUUUACCAUUGCUGGGAUUUCAACCAGCACGAAAACUUCACCUUCUUACAACCAGGGUUUUGGGAACCUUAUCUUGCCAAGUUCAAGAUUAGGUUCUCACAAGAACCCUCGGAGACCGUCGAUGCUUCUAACACUGCCGAAGGAGAUGGCGAGGAGUUGACCUCCACCGAGCGAGUCGAUGGACCUCAGUGA